AAGUAGACGCCGAAUGCAGAUAGUGGAGAAUUGAGAUAAGAUUGCAACAAUUUUAUGAUACCAUGGUAAAAUGAACUAGCAGCCCUGGAAAAAGUAAAACAGAGAAAUUGGAAAGCAGAAUGACUUUUUUACCGAGUCGAACGCCCCGCAAGGGCACUGUGCUGUGUUUUAUCGCACUGCUCUUCCUGUUUGCGCUUUAUCAGCUGGGAGUCAUAUGCGGGAGUGGAAAGGAUCAAGGGACAACAAUGAUGGUCGCCAGAGAAAAAUAUAUCAUUGGGGCUACUGACAAGAAGAACUAUCCGUAUGAUAGGAAUAUGCCAUUGAUUUUCAUUGGUGGUGUACCAAGGUCAGGAACUACCCUGAUGCGAGCUAUGUUGGACGCUCAUCCCGAAGUCAGAUGCGGCCAAGAAACGAGAAUAAUACCUAGAAUUCUUCAGAUGCGCCAGCAUUGGUUGAAAUCAGAGCGAGAGAAUAUACGCCUCACGGAAGCAGGAAUUUCCAAAGAUGUAAUGGAUAGUGCAGUGGCAGCAUUUUGUUUGGAAGUUAUUGCGAGACACGGCGAGCCAGCCCCCCGAUUGUGCAAUAAAGAUCCCUUGACACUCAAAAUGGGCUCUUAUAUGCUGGAUUUAUUUCCUAAUGCGAAAUUUCUUUUUAUGGUGAGGGACGGCCGAGCUACCGUGCACUCGAUAAUAUCCAGAAAGGUGACAAUAACGGGCUUCGAUUUGACAUCCUACCGACAGUGUCUAACAAAAUGGAAUCAUGCAAUUGCCCAGAUGCACUCACAAUGCAAGGAAGUUGGCUCUGAUAGAUGCCUUAUGGUACCAUACGAGCAGCUAGUAUUACAUCCACGUGUCUGGCUCAAGAAAAUUCUCAAUUUCCUGGAUUUGUCGUGGAGCGAGUCGGUCCUCCAUCACGAGGAAUACAUAAAUAAGCCUGGAGGUGUCCCGCUCAGCAAAGUCGAAAGAUCUUCGGAUCAAGUAAUAAAACCAAUAAAUUUAGAAGCUCUGACCAAGUGGGUCGGCAAUAUUCCCGAGGACGUUGUUAGGGACAUGGCGGAAAUAGCGCCGAUGCUGUCAGUAUUGGGAUAUGAUCCCUAUGCAAACCCACCGGAAUACGGAACACCUGACAGUGUAGUUAGUGAUAAUACAAGGAGAGUAUUAGCCGAUGGCCACAAAUGGACUGAAAAAGCCCGUGAAUUAGCGUUACAAUACAACCAUCCACAUGCUGCCAUUGAGGAUGAAACGCCAACUCCUGGUGAUGCGUGACCCCAAAUAAAUCGCCCCCUAGGAAUAAAAAAAUUUAAUCUCUAAAUGAACUUAAAAAUGGAAAUAAAAUUACCUCGAGGAGGAAACUUGUUCGAGUGGACAUUUCAGAGAUAAUGACAAUUUUUAACUUGCAUAAUUUUUCUAUUGAUGUUAUGUCAUAUUUAAUCGUUUACGAAAUGAUGAUCUGAUAAAAAAUAUUAUUUUAUUUAUUAUAAAUUUAAUAAAUAGAUGCCAAGGCCAGUUUGUGAGAUGGAAAAUGAUCUGAUUCAUCAAAGGCGCACAAAUUUACUUUCAAUGUACUUAGUCACCAAUUUUUUCGUUGUUUUAUUUUGAAAAUAACAAAUCAAAUUGUAGAAAAAAAAAUGUUUGUUGCCAUAUUUUUAAGUGUGUACUUUUCUUCUUCUCAUGAGCUUUUUUUUAGGCCUGAGAGGAAAAAAAUACGAAUUUUUUGUACAGAUAAUUGAGAAUGAUAAUUCAGUAGAAAUACAUUUGAUGGAAUAAUGUAAGCUAAUGUGUAACAGAGUUUAUCUUGAAUAUUAUUUCCAUUUUUGCUUGAUGAGAGAAUCAUUCAGCCGAGUUUGAUGUGACAUUCAAGUGUUAAACGUGUAUAUCAAUUGUAUGAAAGUAAAUAAAUUAUUUUAAUAUGAA